AAUAAGUUCUAAUAGAUAUGGAAUCUGAGUUUAAAAAACAAUCAAAGCUUGAUGACAACUUGUGCGUCUGGCAAGAGUUCGGACAAAUCUCAAGGAAGUAUAAGGUACCCAGUCUUGGAGAAGGAGCACCUCAUUUUCAACCACCAAAGUUCUUGGUUGAUAAUUUGGUCAAGGCAAUUGAAGAAGGUCACAACCAAUAUACGUCAUCGUAUGGGCAUCCAGAAGCAAGGAAGCUUAUUGCUGAGUUAUACUCUCCAAAAUUCAACAGAGAAAUCAAUGAUGGCAAUGAAGUACUCAUUUGUAAUGGAGCAAAUGGAUGCAUGAACACUCUUCUUCAGGCUAUGCUAAGCGAUGAGAAAGAUGAAGUUAUCUUUAUCGAGCCAUUUUUCCCACAAUAUCUUGGUCAUGCCCAAUUUGCUAGAGGAAGUAUCAGAACUGUUCCUUUAUUAGUUGGUGAUGACAACCAAUGGCAUCUUGACCUUGAUGUUCUUAAGGAGACUUUGAAUGAGAAUACAAGAUGUAUCAUAUUGAAUACUCCCCACAAUCCAACUGGAAAAGUAUUCACAAAGGCUGAGCUACAAGAGAUUUCAGAUAUCCUUGAAGAAUAUCCACAUGUUUAUGUGAUUAGUGACGAUGUCUACGACUUUUUGACAUUCGAAGGUCAUGAGCACCAUAUCUUCGCCACCUUGGGAGACAACUGGAAGAAGACAAUCACAAUUUUCAGUGGUGGCAAGGUCCUGUGUUGCACUGGGUGGAAAGUAGGAUGGGCCAUCGGCCCAGCUGAUAUUCUCAGACAAACAGUAGUGUUUAAUGAUUGUUGCACUUACUGUCAUAACGUACCUGGUCAAGUUGCUGUUGCAAGGAGUUUAAAAGCUGCAAGAGAGGAGGAGUAUGAAGGAGCUAAAAGCUUCGUUGACUUUGAGAAGGCAGAUUUUGAAAAAUCACAUGAAAUCCUUAUUAAAGGAUUAGAAGAAAGCCCUCUACCAAUUAAAUCCAUCCCAGCCUCUGGAGGAUACUUCAUCUUCGCAGAUAUCUCAGAGCUCAGAGACAUGAUCCCUGAAAAGUACUUCGAACAACAAGAAUACGAAGAAGACCCUGACACCACAAUCGAAAAGAACGACUUCGGAUUGCCUGUCCCCUUAGACCUUGCUGUCUGUAGAUGGCUAGCAAUGGAGAAAAAAGUGGUCACAAUGCCAGGCACUUUCUUCUACAUGAAGGGCAGCAAACACAUGACCGAUAAGUACAUUAGAUUGGCAUUUUGCAGAGGAGAGGAGAUCACAACAGCAGCAAUGACCAAUCUAAAAUAAUUGGAGAGAUAUUAAAUUUACUUGAUCAAGAUAGAUUCGAAUA